UUUCAAUUUUACUUCCUGGUUUAGAUUUUAGCGCAUCGCCAUCAUGUUGCAGACGUGUUUGAUUUUAUUGGCUUUACGACUGUCCACAGCCUAUGAAAAUAUUGCCUUCAACAAACCGGCAUGGCAAGGUAGUCAAUACAACUCAGGUAACGAUAUAUUCGAUGCAAGUAAUGCAGUGGAUGGACUCAAAUCUAACCUCAGCGCCUGGGGAGGACAGUGUGUUCAAUCAAAUGUUAAUCAACAGACAGCCACAUGGAGAGUGGAUCUAGAGGACAUCCUCAGUAUACAUCACAUCUCCAUUUAUUACAGGACGGAAAAUGCUGUAUGGGGUUCAACAAACGGUUUGUCUGGUAGAUUUUUGGGAUUUUCGUUAUACGUAUCAAACGCAACCGACAGAACAAACGGUAAAUUGUGUUUACACGACACAGACUACACCAGGGACACCAUACCCGCCGUCCUUAACGUCACCUGUCCAGUUCACGGACAAUACGUCAUCUACUACAACGAAAGACUACAAGGAGUGACCUACCCUACUGGUUAUAGUGAUUACGCAUUUAAUGAACUCUGUGAGGUAGAGGUUUACGGUUGUCCAGUACCCGGUUACUACGGAUCUGACUGUUCGACCCCUUGUUAUGAUACCUGUCGAUACUGUCACAUAGAGACUGGAGCCUGUCAGGGAUGUAAACCUGGAUACCAGGGACAUCAGUGUGAACUACCAUGCAGUCCUCACUAUUAUGGGGAAGUAUGCAAUGAGACAUGUGGUAACUGUAGUGACGGAAUCACAUGUAACAAUAUAGAUGGAACGUGUAGCAGCGGAUGUGACGUCGGUGUCUACGGAGACAAAUGCAAAACAUCUUGCCCUAUUGAUUUGCAUGGGAAAAACUGCUCACUGCCGUGCGGAAGCUGUGACACGUGUGACAGAUUUACAGGACAAUGUACAUCUCCUUGUUACCCGGGUUGGAAAGGACAACACUGUACUGAUGAAUGUGACCAGAGGAGAUAUGGACUCGGUUGUUUAUAUGAAUGUGGAGCUUGUCUAGAAUACACACAAUGUCACCACAUAAAUGGAUCAUGCCUCCAGGGAUGUUAUUUCGGUUUUCAAGGAGAAUUGUGUAAAACUGCAUGUCCAGUUGGUUUUUAUGGAACGAAUUGCUUAGAAAGAUGCAGCAGAAACUGUGUAGUUCCAGAACGGUGUAACAAAACAUCCGGGGAAUGUGAGGGAGGCUGUCAACCAGGAUGGAUAGGGAUUCUGUGUGAUACAAAAUGUGUUGAUAACCAAUACGGACAAGACUGUAAUCAGACGUGCGGAAAAUGUCGAGAGGCCAAGCAGUGUCAUCACGUCAGCGGUUCCUGUAAUGAUGGCUGUGAACCUGGAUACCAGGGCAACAAAUGCGAUGAGGUCUGCGAGUUUGGCCAUUUUGGUGCUAGUUGUAAAGAGGAAUGCAGCGUAUUCUGUGGGAAAUCACGUGAUUGUCAUCAUGUGACAGGCUAUUGCAGAUCGGGCUGCAAAACUGGAUGGCGUGGAAAUGAUUGCUUAGAAGUCGAUACUCAACAACAGGGCACAGAAUGCGACAGAAACUGCGAGACCAGAUUCUAUGGUGUCUUAUGUGCCUUUUGUGUUAUAGUGGUUCUAAAUGGGGUGUAUGGUCUCUACAAAAUCAUGAAAUGGAAGAAGAAGAAGAGAUCAGACAAAAAUAAGAAAUAUCGUGCGAGUGACUCCACCAUUUCCACUAAAGACACAGUCUUACAAGUCCGUAAAGAUGAAAAUGUCAACAGUGCAUAUCAAGAGCUUGGAGAAUUGAGUCCCUCUUCAACCUAUGACACCAUUCGUUAGAGAGAUACAGUGUUUGCAUAUGAUUUUGCUACGACAUAGCUAUCAACAUCUUUUGCAUCACGAUACCAUAAGGUUUGCAGUGUUGAACACCUGCGAUAUAGCAAUUUUCUAAACACACACUCUUCUAAAUUAAAAAAAAUAAAUAAAAAGUACGAGUAAAUAGUUCUUACCAUGGUCUGCCCGCUUUUCUGUCCGUCUGUUUGUUAUAAGUUCUUUGUCUUCCAAAUUCUUUUAUUUUAAGUAGUAACCAAAUUUGUUUAGAUAUGAUAGGUUAUUCCUUAUAUAUGUGCAAGAAGAUUUUGAUCCUUUUAUUUUCACCAUAGGGGCCAAAUGGAGUUUGAAAAUUUACGAAAACAAGGUUCCCAAAAUUACAUUUUACGGAGUAGGCAAAUUAUCCUUCGAAAGAUGGUUGGUUGAUUGAUUGAUUGCGGUUUUUAUGCGGCUAUGGACACUAUUUCAGCCAUUUAAUGAGAGUAUAAAGAUAAUUGGUGAUGUUCUGUAGAUUUCUAAAAAUCGUUUUAAAUAUUAUAUUUUGUUCUGGAAGCCAAAUGGAGGUAAGACAAAAUGAUUUUGCUUUCGACAAUAAAAGCCCUGGAUCCCAGAAUUACUCUUACAUUUUUCGUAGUAACAAAACCAUCAUGUUGGAAGGUAGUCCGUUGUGUCCUAUAUAUGCCCAUUGAUGUUUCAGAAUGUUCAUUAUCACACGGACAUGGGGAUAAUUGGGGACUAAAGAGCACAUUUUUUUUUUAGAGAUAAACCUGAUUUCCAAAACUCCUCUUACAAUUUAUGCAGUAACCGAAUCACCGUUUGGGAGAUGAUUGAUAUUGCCCUUUAAAAAUGCAGUACGAUUUCUAAAUCUAGGGACAAAUGAGGUGGAAAACAACGAUAACAAUCUGGUGCUCAGUGAAUUGUGCCUCAUGGAACACGAAUAUACAUGCAUUUGCUCUAUGGGUGAAACUGUUAAUCAUUUUAAAGGUAUCUGAACAAUUUCAACAGUACAGGGGUUGGAGUGACCCACGGGCACCUGCUCGUAUCAGGAUUCUCAGAGCAUCUUGAUAAAAACAUGUAUAUAUAGUUUAAAAGUCAUCAUGUAAAAGUUAUACGGUACCAAUUUUAAUGCACCAGAUGCGCAUUUCGACAAAUAAUGUAUCUUCAGUGAUGCUCAUGCCGAAAUUUUGUAAAUUCGAAAUGACAAAAAACUUGUAAGACCUAAAAGGAAAACUAGAGUGCCAAAAAAAAACCCCAAAAAACUGGAAACAAAUUCGUCCAAGGAUCAGAGCUAUGCAUGAGGGAGAUACCAUCCUUAAUUUUGAAAUGAAUUUCUAAAUUUUAACACUGCAAUUAAAUAUACAUCCGUAUUUUCAAGCUAGUAACGAAGUGCUUAGCUACUGGGCUGUAGAGACCAUCGGGGACUAACAGUCCACCAGCAGAGGCCUCGACCCAGUGGUCAUAAUGUAAAACUUAUACGGUACCAAUUUUGAUGCACCAGAUGCACAUUUCAACAAAUUAUGUCUUUUCAUUGAUCUUCAAGCCGAAAUCGUCUCACGUUUUAAAUACAAUUCAACUAUUAUCAGAUAGGAUUUGGAAUGACCCCAGUUCUUAUUGCAUCUUGACAUAUGGAGCACGUAUUUUUAUGGUAUAGGGUGCACUUACUUGCGUGAGGUUAUUACUGUCUUUUGAUGACAUUCUAUUCUUUUAUUUAAGUUUUUAACGUUCUUUUUGAUUUAUCACUCAUUGUGUAUCUUUAAAAAUCGAUGUGAAUUCAGUAGCCUGCCUCGAUUUUCAAUAAAAAGAGAAAACAUUUUUCAGACCAGAAAUCGCCAAA